GAGACAACUGUUCAUUUAGAGUUCAAUCGGAGGGGCUCGGCUUCGAUUUUUGCCGCCAGAGAGUAGAGCCGGGAAGAGUAGCUAGAUGCGGAUGUUCUUCUUCCACUUUUUCCGAGAGAACGGCGUAGCAGCUCGAUUCCUCUUUUUUUAAAGCACCGUCAAUCACUUCUUCCUUAAUCUGAGAAAUCUAACAGCAUCUUUAGAUAUUAAUCGAGCAGUGGAAUGAGAGGCUGAGAGAAUCAGUCCAUUUAUCACCUUCUGAAGCAAUGAAAUGAAACGAGAUUGAGAGACCGACGAAUAUAUCGGUUUCUCCUCACCUUUCUUUCUUUCGCUGCAGAAACCGUCUUUCAAUCCUUUAUUUCCAGACGUUAAACGGAAAACUCCAGUUCGGGGACAACUUCUUACUUCCUGAAGCAGACAAACUAUUCAAUCCUAUCCUCUGUAUCAGGCAAAACCAAACAUCCUACUGUAAUAUGAUAUGAUAAGAGCAUCGAUACAUAGUACAAGGAUACUGCUUUUCAGUUUCCUCUGCCGAGCCCAAAACAACUACUCUUCAUGGAACGUCCAACUGAGAGAGCUAUCCAAGGAAGGUCAUUAUCAGCAAGCAAUCACCUUAUACCGCCAAAUGCUCCGAUCUGGAGAUUCACCUGAUCCCUUUACAUUUCCCUUCGCUCUCAAGUCCUGCGCCUUCCUCUCUUUGUCCACUUUUGGGAUCCAGCUCCAUGGCCAUGUCGUGAGAACAGGUUGUGAGGAUGAGCCCUUUGUGCAGACCGCUUUGAUUUCUAUGUACUGUAGAUGCUUCUUGGUUGACAGUGCACGUCAACUGUUCGAUGAAAGUCCAGCCAUGCGUGAGUCAACUGUUUGUUACAAUGCUCUCAUUUCUGGGUACACCUAUAACUCUCGAUUCCCUGAUGCAGCUGGUCUGUUUCUUAGAAUGAGGGAUUUGGGCGUCCCUGCCAAUUCCGUUUCUUUAUUGGGUUUGGUUUCAGGUUGUGAUAAUCUGCCAUUUGGGUUAUGUGUUCAUGGAUUCUGUGAGAAGUACGGAUUGGUAACUGAUCUUUCUGUUGCGAAUUGUUUUCUUACAAUGUAUGCUCGAUGUGGAUCGAUUGAAUCCGCGAGGAACCUAUUUGAUAACAUGGAAAAGAAGGAAUUGCUUUCCUGGAAUGCAAUGGUAUCUGGUUACGCUCAAAACGGGCUUGCCACGAAUGUUUUAGAUCUCUACCAUGAAAUGGAGUUGCUAAGGAUUAAACCAGAUCCUGUCACAUUUGUUGGUGUUUUAUCAUCUUGUGCUAACCUUGGCGCCAAACAAAUUGGCCUAAAGGUUGAACAUCAAAUUGAAUCAAGCGGUUUCCAAUCAAACAUGUUCCUAAAGAAUGCAUUGAUUAACAUGCACGCUAGAUGUGGCAAUUUGGCAAAAGCUCAAGCCAUUUUCGAUUCAAUGCUUGAUAAGCGUCUAGUGUCAUGGACGUCAAUUAUAGGUGGAUAUGGAAUGCACGGUCAGGGUGAAACUGCUAUAAAACUCUUCGACGAGAUGAUUAGAUCAGGGAUUGAACCCGAUGGAACAGUGUUCGUUUCUGUCUUGUCUGCAUGCAGUCACGUCGGUUUGACUGACAAGGGGUUGGAUUAUCUUGAUAUGAUGCAAACAAAAUUCAAUUUAGAACCAGGUUCGGAGCAUUACUCGUGUGUUGUCGAUCUCUUAGGUCGGGCUGGUCGUCUGGAUGAAUCUGUAAAAUUGAUAAACACCAUGGCUGUGGUGCCAGAUGGUGCAGUUUGGGGAGCAUUGCUAGGUGCUUGUAAGAUACAUAGGAAUGUGGAGUUAGCUGAAUUAGCCUUCGAUCAUGUCAUCAGGCUUGAACCUAAGAACAUCGGUUACUAUGUUUUGAUGUCAAACGUUUAUAAUGAGGCGGGGGAUUUGGAUGGGGUGUUGAGAAUUCGUGUUAUGAUGAGGAAACGAAAUCUGAGGAAAGAUCCCGGGUAUAGCUAUGUUGAGUAUAAGGGGAGAACUCAUUUGUUCUUGGCAGGAGAUAGGAGUCAUCCUCAAAUAGAAGAGAUUGAUGAUAUGAUGAAGAAAUUAGAUGGUUUGGUGAACGAAUUAACAGGUUUGGAAAAGAAUAUGAACGGAGGGAGAAGAGAUGAAGGUUUUGUAGAUGUUCUAGGGGUUCAUAGCGAAAAGUUAGCGAUUGUUUGUGGAUUGAUAAAUAGUAGUAUGGAGACAGAACUUCUUGUGAUAAAGAACUUAAGGAUAUGUGGGGAUUGCCACCUGUUUAUGAAGUUAGUUAGCAAGAUUGUGGGUCGCCAAUUUGUUGUGAGGGAUGCAACUCGUUUCCACCAUUUUGCCGGUGGAGCGUGUUCUUGUAAUGACUAUUGGUGAACCAACAUGUGAACUGCGAAACUUGUUUUCAGAAGAUGAAUCCAGAUUGACCUGACUUGAGGUGAAUUUCAAAUACUUAAAUCUUCAUUUUAAUCUAGAUAGAUUGAAGUUCCACCACUUCUAGUCGAUGUUUCUGAUAUUGUAAUGUUAUAUAAGGGAGGUGAUAAAAGAGGGUUUUAAUUCAUUUAUGAUAUUCCAAUAUUUUGAGAUGUAACACUAUAUUUGUAUUAGUUUUAACUUAUAUUUUUAUGGAUGAUCUUUGUAUUUUCUACUUUCUAAUCAAAAUUGGGGUCUAAGGAGAA